AUGGGGUUAGCUGGACCCUCCACCGUCAUUAUCCAGUAUCUGAAGUCGUUGGGGAUUAAGAUUCGCCCUCUGAAGAAGUCUCUGAGUCUCGAUAGCCAGGUCGGUGAAUGCUGCCCUGGUUUAUUAUCCCUAUGAUGAAUUUACUGGAUUUAUAAGAACUGUAUUUUUUGCAUUCUAGAAGAAGACGUCUGGCGAUAGAUUAUUCGGCGUUCCUCUUCCUGUGUUGCCCCUCUGCAGGUCGGAGGGGGACAUCCCUCAGUGAGUGUUAAGGUCAUCUAAAAUUCUUACUGAAUGUUGCAGAAUCUGCAGUCUGUGUGUGUGAGAUGGGGGAAUAGCAUGGAGGUCCUACUGGUGGGGAAAAAAAAGUGUUGUGUUUUUUUUUUACUUUUUUGUGCGUUGCUCUUUUUUCUUUUACAUAUUUUAUUAAAUUACAUCCUAAUCCAGUUCAGACAAGGCACAGCCAGGGCACACAUUGCAAAUGAAGAGGAGAAAUAGAAACAUUGUUUCGUGUCUCCUGUUCUCUCUAUGCUGACUGCCAGGUGUAAAGGGCAGAGCUAAAAACAAUGAUUGACAGGGAGCUAAAAUGGAGGCGCCCAGUUACAGGAUAAAGAGGUGUAGAUUUCUACAUUUUAUUUUUCACACCUCACAGAUCUAUAUCGGUUAAAUAUAGAUAAGUAAAUAUAUUAUCAAUCCUGGGAGGUGACCGCUCCUCUUUAAGGCUCAGUGAAUGGUUUGGAUACACUUCUCAUUAACCCCUUAAGGACCAAACUUUUGGAAUAAAAGGGAAUCGUGACAUGUCACACGUCAUGUGUCCUUAAGAGGCUAAUAUAAACGCUGUUUUUGCACUUAUUUAUUUUCUUACCGUUUUUAGAGUCUCCAGGUAUUAUAAGUGAGUCUGUCGAUAUCUCUUGGAAGAGUUUUCGUCAAAGUGAGAGCUAUGAAGUAAUGCCUUGAACUAGCUUGGUAAUGGCUCUGACUUUCCAUUCACCUCAAUAUUGACAUCAAACAUUCAGGAUUCAUGAGAGAAUUGGUUUUGGUCUUUGUGUACUGACAACACAUGAGUUUGGAUUUUUACAUAAUUUUUUUUUUUUGUUCCUCAUUAGAAAAGCUUUAUCAAUAUGAAGCAUUUUGUCUAAAUUUGCCUUUAUUUUAUGAAUUUUACAAAUGACUUGGUAGAGCAUUAUUCUUUAUUUUUAAUAGGUACAUUAGCAUGUCUAUCCUUGCAGGUUAUUGGUGGACAUUUGCAAUUUCCUCCGUAAUCACCUCGGCACAGAGGGCCUUUUCCGGAAGUCUGGAUCGGUAAUUCGGAUCAAAGCGCUGAAGGUAUGGGUUUCGCACCUUCCCCUGGCAUUACUUGAAUUCUGUGAUGAGAUAUACUGGCUCCUUAUGGUUCCUGUAAAUGAUGUUUUAACAGAGCUUCCCAGGCAGCUAACUGCAGAAAACAAACCGGGUAUUCACUUGUAUGUAUGUAGUGGGGAAUCGUGAUGCCGCAUAAGAAAAGAGAACUAUCCCACUUACUCCCCAAAUAAUGACAAACAACGUAGUAUGGAUGAAACAAGCCACAACAUUAAUUAUAACAUGAUAAAUACCACAUAACACAAACAUAAUUUAUUUUAAUCUUUAUUUUUCCUUAAUGUAAACAAACAAGUUAUACGUAAAUAACCAUAACUUGGCAAAUAGCUUAACAAAUAGUGUCAUACAGUAUAACCCAAUGUCCUUGCCAAUAUACUGACCACGAGCCUAUGCACCAUGUAAUCUCACCACCCCCCUCGACUAUAAAUUCCUUUUCCUUCCAAUGCUUGCCACCAGCCGGCCUUUUCCUCGCUCCGUGGGCACGUCCAAACAGGUAACCUAAGGUUAACCCUUUAGAGCAGGGGAGGUUGAGACCUGAAACUAGACCACAUCAUUCCACAUAUUGACAUAGAUCCUCAAACUGAAUUGGCAAGGACACACCCAGGGCCACAACCAAGCUGUUUUAAGCCUAAAAUCAGUGAGGAACCCCACCCAAGGCCUGUUCCACUGCAUCCAGCAGGGCGAGAUUAAAGAGGUCAAGCCUGACCUCCGUCAAGUGCACCUCGUUCCCUCAAAAUAGAUUGUCUGCAUCCCACUCAGACCUUAUGGCGAACCGGAAUCCCCCGAACACCCAAAACAAAUCUAGAAACCCUCCUGUUCAGUUUCCUACGGCAGCCCUCCAUGGCACUCUGAUUAUGAGCUCGCUGCCAGAAAUUACGGGCAAUAACCUCGGACUAGGCAUACGUGUGGGAAUAAAACUAAAAUACGUGUAAUUUCCCGCCUAAUGGCAGAUGCUAAAUCCCAUAGUUUAAAUAAAGUUUUAAAUUCUAAAAGGCAACUUAAAAUCAUCAAUCUCGGAAAACAAAUAUAAAUAUCGGGAUUCAGGUCAUUCCCCUCCAGAUGGAUGACAAGGACAGUGGGAACCCCCAGGAGGCGAGACAGCUGAACCAGUUCAGUUAGAAGCUGCACCCACCUCAUGCCUCUGGCGCCAAACCACGUAACCUCCGCUUAAGCAGGCGUAAACCCCAAUAGCUCGCUUCCAGGCCGGACUGCCGCACGCGUCGUGGCCCAAUAGAUAUGAGUGUUCCAUAAUCCAAACCCUGGGGGUGGGGGACUGGACCUGCGGUAAUAAAAUCAACUCAGGAGACCGGCAGGGCAAACAUAAGAAACAUAACGCCCUGACGCCCACCGCCCAAUUCUCUGAACUACCUGCGCUAGCAUGCCAAGCCUAGAGACCUCCGUAGUAGCCCCUAUAUGGAAUGAAUGCCCCCCGUACUCCUUGCUAUCAAUACUCAAGAACUCAAGCCCCAAGCGGAACACCCUAAUGAAUUGGAAAUGGGAGAGAAAGCUUCUGUCCUCGUGAACCAAAAGGGAUGCCAGAGAUGCCAGGUGGAGGGGACAAUACUCACAGAAGGAAAAACAGGACAAAUGCUGGAACCGCACACACUUCCCAAAGACAUCAAUCUUCUAGUGGCGAAUCUCGGAAAUAUGGUCAGCUAUGCAAAAAACAUCAACCCCCCCCCCCCCUUCUCGCUGACAACUCGGUCACACCAGCUCCUCGAUUCGCAUGGCCCCAAAGAAUGCCAGGGGAAAAACCCAGCUGAAAUAGACGGACCUCAAAAACAGAAUGGCAGACCUGAGGUAAAGACUUACACAAACUAGGCAAGAGGACACCUGAGACAUCCUCCAUACACAGGGGGCCCCAAGGACUGCGCAGUAGGGGACAAUUUAAGUUGGGGUCCUGUAACGAGAAUAUACCCCAACACGCAGGAUUCGGCUAAACAGAAGACAACACAGAGGAGUGAUACGUCUACCGGACCUUAGAAUGGCCAGACUCGACGUAUAUGAGAGGAGGCAGAGUCAGGAACGAUCCGAAGUCAAGGACACAGAGAGACAGCGUAAACUAGGACAAGCCGGGGUCUGGUACACAGUAAACAGCAAGCCGACAACCAGAACAGAUAAGGAUAAAGAGAAAACGUAGUCAGAAACAAAGCCAAAGUCAAAACGGAGAAACACAACUGAACACAACAAGCGCUAAAGGGAACUGAUACAGAAACCACGAUAGGGCAGGGAGUUAAGGGAGAGGUAAGUAUAUAUAGCUUUUAAACUAAUGUGAUUGGCUCCUGUCAUAUCCACACCCCCAAAAGGUAAGUGUAUGGGGAGUGUGGCAUGACAGGGGCCAAUGGGAGCCUUUUAACAAUUUAGGCUCCCACUGUCUCUUUAAGAGCGCGCCCGAGACUCGCGGCGCGCUCUUAGAUUCAUGCGGGACACGUGACCGCUUCUCGCGGUCACUGCCCGCCUUCCUGUUGAGGCCGUCGGAUGAGCCGCACGCGGCUCGUGCAGCAGCAGGACCGCGCGCGGCUCGAAGAGAGGACCGCGGCCGGCCCCUGGAUAAGGGGAGUAACGCUACAGGUCCAAACCGUCCUGAGCUGACUAUCCUGAGUGGACUCCUUGCUCAUUUUUACCCCCUGCUCCCACUGAUCCAAAAAAACCAAAAAACCUGCAGACCUGAAAGGAACCCACCCAACUCGAGACACGACUGGAUUAAAAAAAGAAACCCCGUACUCUCCAGCCGAUGCCCUAUGAUCCGACCACGGCAUAACAAGUGCAGAAGAUCCUGGCAGAUUACUCCGAAUUCCAGCUUCCACUGUGUUCCCCAAAGGUGUUCCAGGUGCCACCUGCUGGGCAUUUCCAGGAACAGCAGCAAGGUCCAUCAGGGCCCCAGACACAGCCCUGCCGUUGUGCCUGCCGCAAGGCGAUCGUGUAGGCCUCUGGACGGCCUUGCGGGACUCGCUGCCCGCCUCCUACUGCCCAUCGCCGGAGGCCACAAGUCUCCCACAGCAGAAGUAGGCCGGUAGUCGAAGACCGCGUGUCUGUAGCCUCAGACACGCGGGCCUGAUGAAGGCCCUGGCUCCUACUCCUCAACCGGGCCCCAGGUGCGGCAUCCGGGGAGAGUCUAACCGCCGGGCAGGAACACCGGCCGAUGCUAGUGUGUACAUACCCCAGGAGCAGAGGCCACAGGGGAGGUCCCUGUAGGAGCCUGGCCGCGCAGGGGGACCAUACCGGCAGCCAUACCAGAGUUGAGGGUAAGUGAGCCGGCCACCAUCCAGCGUAGCAGCAGCUCUGAGGGAUGCCAAAAUAACCUCGACAUCCAUGCCAUAAGCAAAUUAACCUACAGGCCCAGGACAAACGAGAGGAGACCGAGGAGAAGCUGUUUGCUGGCCUGAAUCCUAAGUGGCAAGACCAUCCCAGCAAACUCACACACCACAUAAACCCACCCACAUAUACCUACACAAGCAUCCAUCCCCACACUUAUACAUGUGCCCUUGUCCGCUUAGCGGUGCUAUCUCCCCAGGGCCUAAGCAGCGAGUUAAGAGAACUGACUUAGAUUUAGGUCACAAUAGCCGAAAUGGAGAUUUCAAACCUUGCUGUGUGUCCACAUUAAUAACCUGCUGUGGAUAGACGUUGUGCAAUAAUAAGUACUGUCUGUCUGUAAGGAUUAUGAUUUACAAGAUCCAUUGCUGGCUGUGUUUUUAAAUGUCUUAUCCUUCUCAGCCCCUGGAAGCUUUGGCUGCCAUUUCUGCCGUAUGUCGAUGACUUGUGUAAGAUUUUGCUGGCAAAGUGUAGCAAGACUUUCCGGCCAGAGAGGAAGACACUGUGACCACAUGGGGUGGAGCGGAGGAUGUUUGAGAAAUACAUGCGUCCUCUGAUGUAGUUAGUCUUCCAGUUCUUUAAACAGGUUCUUGGUGACACAUUUAAACCCCUGCUCAGUCUACACUGGCUUUUGGUCAUUGGUGACAUGGCACUCUGCCACCAAUGGUCAUGUCAAUGUAAUGUAUCAGAGAUUUAGUUUUACUGCACUGCCAUAAAGCAAUCUCACUGGAGGUCUGGAGGCUGCUUGGAACUGCCACUGUGUCACCUGAUAUCAGACCUCCAGUAAAUCUAAUAUAUGAGGAAGCAUUUCACUGUGUCAGUCUGUGUGCGUCCAAUAAAUAUACCGCAAGUCUUGACAACAAAGUGUUUCACGUGUUCAAAAAAUAACUAUUUUUUUAUUUUGUUAAAUUUUCCAAAUCACAAAUAACAAAAAUGGGAGAUACAGAGGGCCCACCCCUUAAGAGUCACCUUCAGAUAAAAACCACACUCCAUAAGCUCUGUAUUCUAUGCUCCCCCACUGCCAGAAUUGUUUAUAAAUGGCGGCUGUAAUAACUCCGCACAGACCGUUAAAUUUGAUCUUUCCUAUGGGUUAAUAAGUAGCUGACAGGGGGAAAGGCAGUGGUUUUAGGUACAGACAACCCCACGUUGUAAUUUUUCUCAGGGUCCCAUUUGAAUUGACUCUGUCGCCAGCUGCAUAGCAUUAUGGUUGUGUGUUUUGGGUGUGGGGUUAAAGAGGAAUAUAAAUUCCCCCCCCCCCCCCUUCCCGAGAAAGGAGGAAUUUUAACUGUACUUGCAUUGUGAAAAUAUGAUAUAUUGCAUUUCUGGGGGUGUAAUGUGCGCCAUGUUUUGACAUUUGUCCCUUAGGCUGACCUGGAGUCUGGGAAAUGCCACGUGGACUCUGCCAACCCUGGGGAUGUGGCCUGCCUCCUCAAGCAGUUUUUCAGAGAGCUCCCAAUGCCCAUCAUACCCCAGGAGCUACAGGACCCCUUGUGCCAGAUCCAGGACACUCUAGAGGAGGAGCACCGGGUAUUGGCCACCACUCUGGUGACAUGUCUACUCCCUGCCAUCCACGCAGGCACCCUGCGAUACUUCUGUACUUUCCUACAGAGUGUGGCAGCCAGGUUAGCAACGAGAGAGCUAUUACUGAACCUUUACUUCCCAGCACUGAUGGCAGCGGCUGCUCCUGUAUGUGAGGAGGUUAAUGUAAUGGGAGUAACUGUAAUGGAAUAUUACCCAUGUUAGCUGGAGAGAAGGCAGUCUCUUGUCUCACUGUCAGCUAUAUUAACCUGUGAAUUUCUGAAUUACAGGAGCAAUGAGAACAGAAUGGAUUCUGGAAAUCUGGCUGUUGUUUUGGCACCAAAUCUUUUCUCCUGUAGUGCUUUGAGUGAGAAGCUGACAAUCGCUACUGAGCGGCAAAUCCAGCUCCAGGCAUCGGUGAUGCAGACACUGAUUGAACAUGCAGAGAGCAUAGGUACAGACAAACUGGCUCAUUGGGGGAUGCAGAAUGACAUGGGGCAAUUGGAUGCACACAUUCUGCCACCUUCCCUCCCCAAAGAAUGGGUACCCAUAGCUCCUUCUGUCUGUGUCACCCUGCAGUGGGAGGGACAGACUCUGUGUCCCAUAGCUCCCUUCUGUCUGUCACCCUGCAGUGGGAGGGACAGACUCUGUGUCCCAUAGCUCCUUCUGUCUGUGUCACCCUGCAGUGGGAGGGACAGACUCCGUGUCCCAUAGCUCCCGUCUGUCUGUGCCACCCUGCAGUGGGAGGGACAGACUCCGUGUCCCAUAGCUCCUUCUGUCUGUGUCACUCUGCAGUGGGAGGGAGAGACUCUGUGUCCCAUAGCUCCCGUCUGUCUGUGUCACCCUGCAGUGGGAGGGACAGACUCUGUGUCCCAUAGCUCCUUCUGUCUGUGUCACCCUGCAGUGGGAGGGACAGACUCCGUGUCCCAUAGCUCCUUCUGUCUGUGUCACCCUGCAGUGGGAGGGACAGACUCCGUGUCCCAUAGCUCCUUCUGUCUGUGUCACCCUGCAGUGGGAGGGACAGACUCGUGUCCAUAGCUCCUUCUGUCUGUGUCACCCUGCAGUGGGAGGGACAGACUCCGUGUCCCAUAGCUCCUUCUGUCUGUGUCACCCUGCAGUGGGAGGGACAGACUCCGUGUCCCAUAGCUCCUUCUGUCUGUGUCACCCUGCAGUGGGAGGGACAGACUCAGUGUCCCAUAGCUCCUUCUAUCUGUGUCACCCUGCAGUGGGAGGGACAGACUCCGUGUCCCAUAGCUCCUUCUGUCUGUGUCACCCUGCUGUGGGAGGGACAGACUCAGUGUCCCAUAGCUCCUUCUAUCUGUGUCACCCUGCAGUGGGAGGGUCAGAUUGUGUGUCCCGUAGCUCCUUCUCUCUGUGUCACCCUGCAGUUUACUCAAUAGACUGUAAUAUUUUCUGGCUGUUUAAUUUAAUUUAAUUACAGGAAAUACUCCGCCGUUUAUACUGGAAACUAUCUCCUUCCCUUCCAAUGAUGCGAUAGAUGACAUUGUGAGCCUUCCAGAUGGAAAUAAUCGGAGGAGGCGCAGACGAAGUAUGGGAGGUGGGAGAUUCUGAGCGUUUAAAUGUCUUUACGUGUUACAGAGAGAUAUAAUUAAGGAAGACUAAUUGUGAUUUUUCAUUUAUGAGGCUCAACACUUUAUUACAGUUAAUACAGGAUGCAGACUGUCUAAUGGACACAAUGAAGCCUUGCAAAUAAUGUUUCCAGGGACAUUCCGUAAAGGGUAACUGUCCAGAAUUCAAAGUGAAUUUUAAAUUUGGGGGCAAAAUAACACGUUGGAGAAUUCUCCAAUUCCGUUUUCAGUUUGACUAUUCUGGCCUAAAAUUUGAAGUGAACUGUCCCUGUCCGUAAACGGUCCUGGAGCUAACUUUAGUUUUUGUUGUAGACAAAAUGCACUUUUCAACUUCUCAUGACAAACUGUUGUGCGCCCUCUGCUGUUAACUUGUGUGCAUGUUGUGCACUCUGUGGUUUUUACCCAGAACUCUCUCUGAUAGGCCGGAAAUGUCACCAGAAGUUAUUAAAGUGCAAUAUUGGUUUUGAAUAAGGUGUUUCUUUGUCCCAGUCACUAACACUAAACAAGAAAUUAUAAAGACUAACAAAUGUUUAGAAAACACACAACCUUCCUUUCGUGGAAUAUCGAAUGUUAGUGGAUCACAUUUUUGUGCAGUUUGAACACGUGGUUGUGGUUUUAAUAAUAGUCCCAUAGUUUUAUACGUUUGGUUAUAAAGACCUUCUGUCCUCUAAUUGCUGCCUGUUCUCUCCUCCUUGUGUCCCGUCAGGACUUGUUAAUGAGGCCCUGAGCAAACUCCGAUCUGGACUUGUCUCUUCCAGCGUGACCCCAGAUCGAGUAUCUGCCACAGGUGAGCGAUGGUUCCACCUAUCGAGUCUCCACAGCCGCCCUUCACGUGCCUGUAUUAUUGGCUCGUUUUCCGUGUUUUUUCCUCUUUCGCAGAUGAAGGAGAUCGUAAUGUUCGAUGCAAGACAAAACGCAAGGCCUCGGAGGACACUGUGUGUACCGAGCAAUGCACAGCAAAAAAACGGUACGGACCCUCCACAGCCUGAACAUUGCAAGUUACCCCAUUAAGGGCACCACACAUCUCUGCCUGAGGUGAUAGCCAAGGGGGGGGAAACAUAAACUAGGAAAAGUUGGGAAAUCUUGGGUUAAUCUAGUCCUUUUUAGGAAUGACUGUGUUAUCUAAUAGAAGAAUUUAAAUUUUUUUCCUGUUGGCAACUUUGACUUUAACAUCUCAUAUUUGUAUUUUAAUAUUGUAUUAAUCUGUGUUUAAUAAGACCUAUUUAUUUAGUAAUGAAUAUAAGUGGCAUUUCAAUGGCAAAUUUAUAGACUGGGGAAUGUGCAACAUAAAUGGCUCCACCUAGUGUAACGUGAUAUAUUUGCUACACUUUUUGCAAUCAAGAAGUCAAAAUGUAACCCAUAAACCAGCCUUGAAUUAACCUUGUAGCAUAGUAUACACGUUCUAUUCUGUAUUAUUACUAGUGGUUAGUUCAUGUAAUAUAGACUUUCUAGAUUGCCGCAGUAUGCUCCUGUCUUUACCUUCUCUCCCUUUUGUGCCUCUUGUCUUAGGAAGUCACUCCUGGGACCUACGGAUGACAGUUUACCUAGCACAGAACAGUGUGACCUGGCAGAUUCCCCAUUAACAGGUAGGUAAUAAUUUGGUAAUGGUGCCAGUCCAGGGCAGCACCCUCCGUUUAUUUGAAAACCUGUAUUGUGUCUAUUCUCUCCCCCUAAUCUCAAGAUAGUGGUAUUGGAGAUGUGUUUCUGGACGUCUCACUGGCUCCUGGGCCACUCCUCGAGCUCACGGCAGUUCCGCCAAUCAUUACACAGACCCCGGAAUCUCCAGUGCAAGUGCCACGAGUCAGAGGCAAGAAGAAGGAGGGUAAAAGAGCACACAGGUGAGGGCAGGUACACAGGACUGCACUAUGACUUGCAUGCAGCCCUCCUGUACAUACCACAACUAUUUGUUUGCCAGGGGCCAAUCUGGACUGGUAUCGGUGUCUCCUGGUCAACUUGACAGAAGAGAUAAAGUACGGAAUUCACUGCGACUUUUUCACCGGCCGCGUAUUGCUAAAAAUCCAGUGAGUAAUGCAUCAACUGACCCUUCUCUGUACAGGGUGGAAGUAGUCCCAUAUCUUUCACUAAGCAAUAAAAAUAUAAAGAAAAAGGUUGCAAGUGUUAUCCACACUAACACCAUUAAAACAAUUUACACUAUGCAUAUCCUCCCUUGCAGAAUCCAGAAGAAAGCAGCUGGAAUUAUAUGAAGAGAAUGGUUUCAGAGGCGCUGGAGGGUCCCAUCUUCAAUGGGCGAGAAUUACGGGUUACCACUUCAUCUCUAAAGGCAACACAAUGUAUGUGUUAUAACUUGUCAGCAUUUCAGAUGUAUCAGAUCUAACCGCGCAUUAUCAGGACAGGCUCAGACAUCACUGGGUUUAUGUAUAAAAAAAAAAAAAAACUUUUUUUUUUCUACUGAAUUUAGUUGUUUGUUUUUUCCCACAGUGUGCUCUGACAUAUCUGCUUCCCGAACCUCUCUGCGCACUACAACCACUUGGAAGUCAGUGGAGAUGGAAGCAUCUACUGGGAAAAAGUCACGCACAUUACGUCGCUCACUGAGCAUGCCGGAGAAUAUGGCAGAUUGUGCAAAAGUUGAGGAAGAUGGACAACUUCUCUACCAAACUGUGGAUUCCACCACCUCCGCCAGCGCAGAAGAAAUAAUCCAAGAGGACAGCGCUGUUACAAAACCAGAUGAAUACACACCUGUGGUCAUAGAAUUUGAGCACCCUUUGGAGUCAACUUCAGAGUUCUCCUUAAACCACACUAUUUCCCCCAUAUCUGCUUUGUCACCAAGCCCUCCUCUUUUUAGUAAAGCGAGUGGUCACCCAGCACAGUACCGUAGUGUGCGCAAGCUGAUGCUCAGCUUCCCUUGGGUAUCACAAACAUCAGUGGUGGAGACUGAACAGAAAGACUGUGAAAAACUUGCCACAAACAAAAUCAGACGCCAAGGCGCGAGACGAUUCGGACGAUCAUUGAGUCACGAGAGUGGGAUUGGUUUUGCAGAAGGAAUAGGAGAAAAAAACACGGACUGCCUUCCCACUCAAAAGACUCUAAAUGGCAGGAACCGACAAGUUUUCGUUAGUCAUAAAAAUAUUACCCUUGGUGUCAUGGGUCAGCGGAGUCUGGAUGUCCAAGCAACACCAUCGUUGGAUGAAGAGCUAGCAGAUUCUGGUGGUGCUCUUACUGAUAUCAUUCUCGAUCAGUCAAAGGAUGUGUGUUUUGAAACACUGGUGGAGGAUGGUCUACCCGAUUAUGAAAUCUCCACUAUAAACCCUUUCUACUCACACAGCAUUACAAUUAUUGAAGACUGUAUUGAUUUAUAAUCACACUUUGAUGAAGUGGUCCAUCUGGCUCUAUAGGCCACAUAGUAAGCCCACUGGUUUUGUGUAACCAGGUCUGAUUGUCCACAUUUCUCUAUAAAGAAUAUCUUGGUCAUUCGGGGUUCUCCUUACAUCAGUCGAGAAGCUCUCCAACUGCCAGCACUCAAUUGGUCUGCUUUUUAAAAGUACUUCAUGUGUUUUAAUGCUUAUUUCUAUGGAUGUCUGAAGGUAUCCAUGGAAUGGUCCUGGAUCGGAUGAAACAAUCUGGUGGUCAGAUCUGCAAUAUAUAACUAUUAUACUGAAAGCUUCCCUUGUUUCCCAGAGUCCUUUCCUGGAGCCAUAAGCCAUAUGUUUUAAAAUGUUUCCCUAUCAUAUGGUUUGCUGCUCCUCCUUCUAACAGGAACGUAGUAUCAGUCUCUUCAAAUGCUCCUUUUCGU